AUGAAAUGGAGGCAUCAUUCAAAGGCAUACUGGGCCAGGAGAGGCCGUGCAGUUGGAAAUUGGGCUGGGGAUAAAGUUUUAACAGAGGGAGAGGAAGAAUGGGGCUUAGAUGAGACCGAAACUCUUGCCCAUAUAGCCUACGGUGGUUUGGAUGGGGAGGACGCUUCUGGAUCGAUUAGUACUGAUGAUGUGGAAACGCUCCUCGAAUUUCACGUGGAACAGAUGCAGAAAUUGGGUACGAGGAUGCCAAUUGAGGUGAAGUCUAAGCUCAAAUCCCUCCUGGACGACAGUGUCAUAACGCCCAGUUUGUCUCACUACUUGACCUUCCUGGAUGCCUGGAGAUCCGGUGACUACCCUUCAUCCUUCGAUAGUCUUCAUCGAUACUUUGACUACACGAUGCAAAACCGAGACCGAUUAUUUUAUCAAUAUGCCCUCAUGAACCUUGCUGUUCUUCAAGCUGAUUUUGAAUGUUACGACGAAGCGGUGGCUGCCAUGCUGGAGACAGUCUCUACAGCAAGAGAGAACAAGGACAUGGCAUGUCUGAAUUUUGCUUUAAACUGGUUAUAUCAUUUCGGGAAGUCACAUCCAAACAUCAUUGAAAGCUCCGGCUCAACGAGUAUGCUUGGCGUUGAGAAGGAAGGUCUUGCAUUCUUACGGACAAAAGCCAAAGAGACUGGUAUGUGGACACUCUGGAGUUCCUCGCUGCUCAGCGAGGCAAAGUUGACACUGUCAAAUGGGGAGAGUGUGGCGAGUGCUUUUGAGGGGAUACUUAAGAGCUCUCACCUAGUGACGGAAAAAGGUAUGAAGAGCAUGAUGGGACCACAAACCGCCAUGCAGUCUUCUUUAUGGGGUCGCUUAGGGCUAGUUUGCCUCUCCAAGCAGUAUAGUGAGGUAUUUCUUCGAUGCCAUGCUAGGUACGGCCUAUUCGACGACACGUUGAGGUUCACCUGUAGGAUAGCACACUAUCUGAUGGAACGUGGUUCUUAUGAACAAGCAGCAGAGAAGCUAGAGGGUUUGGAUUCCAACUCUUUACGCUCAUGGAAAGCUAACCAAUACUGGCUAAGAUAUCGUGGGAUACUACGUCUUAAGAAUGAUCUACAUACCAAUAAUUUAGAAGGAGCCGACCACAUUCUGUCUCAGCUUCUUCAAUGUGAUGGUCUUGAAGCGGACUCGGAUCUUUCCUUUGAAAUCAGCACCCUUCAUGUCGACUACCUCAUUCGUCGAGCAGAUUUUGGCGCUGCGUUGUCGAAAUUGGAGCAGCUUGCCUCUUCGCUAAAAGAACAAGGAGAUGAUAUUAACUUGCGAGUCAAGAUACUGACGAUGAAAGCGCUUUUACAAAGUAGGAUCGGUCGCCCAGAGAAAGGCUUUUCCGUAGCGGUUCGUGCAGCAAGUAUAGCAUGGCGAGCACGCUUGAUGCCAGCACUCUGGGCUGCCAUGGCAGCCGUGGCAAAUAUUUUGGUUGCUCUGUCUGAGUUCCAAGCGGCUUGUCAAAUCGUCAUUGCUAUUCUUCCUAGGGCCUUGGAAUGCGAAAAUUGCACACUAAGCGCCCAGCUCUAUUCUUGCCUCGCAGACUCAUUUAUGGGAUUGGCAGGCCAAGCAGCAGCAGGCGAUCCAAAAAGAACCGAGAACCUGACAAAAUCCUUGGACUUUCUUGAUAGAGCUUUCAAAGAGUUCUGUGCCAUCAGGGAUAUCAAUGGGCAAUGUGAAGCACGAGCUAAAAAGGCGAUGGUGAUGAUGGCUGUCGGUGACAAGACACUGGCAAAUGAUUAUGCUUCUUCUUUCUUAAGCCUUGAGCAGCAGAGAGCUGCGGUGCGUCUUUGA